AUGGACUUUGUUUCAGGGUUACCCCUGACUCUAAACAAAAGAGAUUCAAUCUGGGCAAUUGUUGACCGAUUGACCAACUCAACACAUUUCCUUCAUGUCAGAAAUGAUUUCUCUAUGGAGAAGUAUGCGGAGCUGUAUAUCAGAGAAGUUAUUAGAUUGCAUAGAGUGUCUGUUUCCAUCGUUUAUGAUCGAGACCCUCAAUUCACUUCAAGAUUCUGGAAAUCCUUGCAUGAAGCGUUGGGGACUCGCUUAAAUUUUAGUACGGCCUUUCACCCUCAGACUGACGGGAAAUCAGAGAGGAUUUCAAAUCUUGGAAGAUAUGCUGGUUCGGUUGUUUCGGUUUCCUCGAACUUCAGCACUCAGUCUUCAUCACGCGUGCUGGCUGAGAUCGCUGCAAGAGUUGUCGAGGAAGACGACGAUGGUUUCGAGUUUGCAUUCGUGUGUCGAGACCCGAAGAUGUCUCCGGUGUCCGCGGAUGAGAUCUUUUACAACGGACAAAUCAGGCCAACCUAUCCAGUUUCCGACACCAGCUUGCUCAACAACAACAUUUAUCAAACUCAUGAUGUGAAACCACGAUCGCGCCGUUUGCCAUUGAGGGAACUCAUGGGCGAAGAGCGCGAAACAAAUUCAUGUUCAGCGUCGGAAGGCGGUGAACUCGACAGGGUGACGCCGGGGACUUACUGUGUCUGGACACCAAAGGCGGCAACAUCGGCAAAGACCGACGACCCGGGAGAUGCGACAAGAGCGACGGUAAAGACGCAUAUGCUUUCUUCCGGUUGUAACCGAGACGAGAAAGCAGGUGACAUGAGAAGAUCCAUUUUGCCUAACAGGCAGGACCUGGUGGGAAUAUUUUCCAAUAUCAAUGGCUUGAGCAGGAGCUUGCCUCCAUUUUGAACAUGCCAAUAUUAUUGUUUGAGGUUUGCUUUUUUUCUCUCCUCCAUUGUUUGUAUUUGAUAGUUUCUCCUUUAGAAAGUAAAUAUGAUUAAGAUGGGCUCUCAU